AUGGCACAAGAUGCCGAUUCGUUGAUGACGGCGCGGCGUGUCGUCUGGGGCAGUCGCAAUGUGACCUUGCGCGCCUUCCAUGUCCGCCCAGCCCCGGCUCCAGCCGCGACCGGUGGGGGUAGGCGGAUUAACAGUUUAUCCGGGCUUGAGCCGCCUGGGAUGUGGGGCCUGCCUCGACCAAGCUCCAAGCUCCAAAGCUCCAGUGGGUGCUCUAGGCAAGUCUCCAGCGAAUGCGGCAAGCUGCACAGCAUUGGACCGCUGCUAGAUGCAGGGGCGCUGUUCGAUUGGACACCAGUCGCUUACCAGAGCGAGGGAGCCACGAUGAGAGUCCGCAAACUGAACGCAAGCACCCCCACAGACGCAUUCCUCUCCCUCCUGAUACCAGGGCUGGUCCUAGUCCACCUGGCGGUGGCGCCCUACACCAAGGUGGAGGAGUCGUUCAACAUGCAGGCCACGCACGAUGUGCUCGUCUACGGCACGCCGACGGCCGACGUGCGAGCCAAGCUCGGCGGCAGCUACGACCACUUCGCCUUCCCCGGCGCCGUGCCGCGCACCUUUGUCGGCCCCGUCAUCCUGGCCGGUGUCUCCCAGCCGCUGAUCGCGCUGGCGGGCGGCUUCCGCCACGCCCAGCUGGUGGUGCGCGCCGUCCUGGGCCUGUUCAACACCCUAGCCAUGCUCGCCUUCAAGGCCGCCCUCGGCCGCGCCUACGGAAAGUCGGUCGAGCGGUGGUACACCCUAUUCCAGGCUAGCCAGUUCCACGUCAUUUUCUACGCCUCCAGGACCCUGCCCAACAUGUUCGCCUUUGGUCUGACUACCCUGGCCUUCACCAACCUCCUGCCUAGCCCCAACCCAAAGGCCAUGGCUCCCCGCCAGCGUGUGUCCAUCUCCCUCUUCGUGCUCGCGGCCAUCAUCUUCCGCUCCGAGGUGGCCCUGCUUCUCGCGACCAACGCGCUCUACCUCGUGGUCGCGCCGCUGGCGCCCCUGGAGAGGCUCAUCUGGCCCUUUGCCAUCUCGUCCGCCAUGGCGCUGCUUGUCUCGGUGCCGCUGGACUCGUACUUCUGGCAGCGGCCGCUCUGGCCCGAGCUCUGGGGCUUCUACUACAACGCCGUGCUCGGCUCGUCCUCCAACUGGGGCGUCUCGCCCUGGCACUGCCGCACAAGGAGGCCCGCUUCAUCUUCUACGUCGCCCCGCCCCUGA